GGCUACUUAUGGGAAGUUGAGAUUUGCAUAAUAUUUGCAUUUGCUGUAUCAGUCAUUCACAGCCCUAUGACUGUAAGGCAAGCACUUGGAUUAUAGGAAUGAUUCUUGUUGAAAUGUCUUUAUCACUGAGGUUUAAAGUAGUAUGACUGGCACACGCAGUGGAAGUUCAAACUCAACUUUAGGGAGAGAAGAAAAGAGCUGUAACAAUGAUUCUCUCCACUUGACACCCCACUCUGAGAAUAGCUGCUUCGGGGCCAGCACUCCCAUCUUGAGAGAAGUAAAUAAAUCAUGAAUAAUUUGCUGUCUUGUCUAGGAGGAAAAUCUGGCAAAAUGCAAUAAAAGCUUUGUUCUGGGGUAAGAUAGGUUUAGAUAGAGGCUUGUUGUUUCUUCUGAAAUAGACACACUUAUUAUUUCAAUAAAACUUAGCAGCAGAAUCAUGAUGUUUGGAAAAUACAUAAAGCACCGGGAGGGGGAAAAUGAGACAUAAGUUUACCUUAUCACUUAGGUAAACUCUGUUGAUCCCUUCGUUCUACAAGAGCAAAUUCUAGGGUACAGUUGAGACCAGCUGAUUAUUAAGUCUUUAACCAAGUAACAUAUCUUAUUAAUGUGUUUCUUUGCUUUUCCUUCUCCUAAUGGUGAUGAACCUGUGAGGAUUACGUGCUGUACUUAGUCCACAGUAAUUGCAUAACUCUGAGCAGGAGAGCUAUGUACUCUGUGACCUCUCCCAUCUUUCAGACUUACUGUAUUCCCAUUCCUGAAGGAGAAACUCCCAGUACGUUGCAGGAAGUGCAAUGCAUUCAUGUUGCUUUGCUCUAUUCUACAUCCCUCUCCUUCCUCUUCCUCCGGUUCGUCAAUUUCUAUUCUUCUCUGUUUCAGCAAAACAAUAUCAGUCAAGGUAAUUGAUGAUGAGGAAUAUGAGAAAAACAAGACCUUCUUCCUUGAGAUUGGAGAGCCCCGCCUGGUGGAGAUGAGUGAGAAGAAAGCCCUGUUGUUGAAUGAGCUUGGUGGCUUCACAAUUACAGAAAAUAGUGCAAUCUACUCUGCUGAUUUUCUACCUGUCCUUUUGCUAGGCCAACCUGUCUUCAGGAAAGUUCAUGCUAGAGAUCAUCCUAUUCCCUCUACUGUAAUCACCAUUGCAGAUGAAUAUGAUGACAGGCAGCCACUGACCAGCAAAGAGGAAGAGGAGAGGCGCAUUGCAGAAAUGGGGCGCCCUAUCUUGGGAGAACACACCAAGUUAGAAGUGAUCAUUGAAGAAUCCUAUGAGUUCAAGAGUACUGUGGAUAAACUCAUUAAGAAGACAAACCUGGCCCUUGUGGUCGGGACAAACAGCUGGAGGGAACAGUUCAUUGAAGCCAUCACGGUCAGUGCUGGAGAAGAUGACGACGAUGACGAAUGUGGGGAGGAGAAGCUGCCCUCCUGUUUCGAUUACGUGAUGCACUUUCUGACCGUGUUCUGGAAGGUCCUCUUUGCCUUCGUCCCCCCUACAGAAUACUGGAAUGGCUGGGCCUGUUUCAUCGUCUCCAUCCUCAUGAUUGGCCUGCUGACAGCUUUCAUCGGAGACCUGGCUUCCCACUUUGGAUGCACCAUUGGCCUGAAAGAUUCCGUGACUGCAGUGGUGUUUGUUGCACUUGGAACUUCGGUGCCAGACACCUUUGCCAGUAAAGUGGCAGCCACCCAGGACCAGUAUGCUGAUGCCUCCAUAGGUAACGUCACUGGCAGCAAUGCUGUGAAUGUCUUCCUGGGAAUCGGCGUGGCUUGGUCCAUUGCCGCCAUCUACCAUGCAGCCAAUGGGGAACAGUUCAAAGUGUCCCCUGGCACAUUGGCUUUCUCUGUCACUCUCUUCACCAUUUUUGCUUUCAUCAAUGUGGGAGUGCUGCUGUAUCGGCGGAGGCCAGAAAUUGGAGGUGAGCUAGGCGGGCCCCGGACUGCCAAGCUCUUGACAUCCUGCCUCUUUGUGCUCCUGUGGCUCUUGUACAUUUUCUUCUCUUCCCUGGAGGCCUACUGCCACAUAAAAGGCUUCUAAAGGAACAACCAGAUCUAGCAAAUUUAUAUAUAUAUAUAUACAUAUAUAUACAUAUAUACAUAAAAAUUAUGUAUAAUGAACAGAGGAAACUGACAUUUGUCAUGUUCACUUACCUGCUGAUGGAAUCCAGCUUCAAGAGCAUACUCUGUACUAGGGCCGAAGUAAGAAACCAUCACCUUCCAUUCCUGGGGCAUCAUCAUGUUGAACAAGGCAAGGCUCAAUGACUGCAGCGCAGCCUACAAGGGCUGUACUCUCCAGGUUGAUAUAUUGCUAAGGCUUUGAUAUGUUUUGUUGUUUUCUGAUGUUGUUUUCAGUGCAGUUUGGGAGGUGGUUGAUACUUGGCUUUUGUUUCUCAUUCUAUUUCAUUUUGUUUUCUUGGGAGGCUCAGGAUUUUGCUUCUCUUUUGGAAAGCGAUGGCCCAUCCAGAUGCAAAUGAAUUUUUGAUUUUUUUGAGAAAAAUAUAGUCAUUAAGAUCUCCCUCACCUCCCCCCAAAUACUUAAAAAGUUAUUUUGAUUUAAGAAAGAAUCUGAGCAUGGAAGAAGAAAAGAAGCAUGUGUUUGCUGUUUCCAAAGUCUAUGCUUGUCUCCAGAAAGUAAGCCUAGGCUAGGCUGCCUCCAAGAAACAUCAUGGGAGCUAGAAUGGAGCCAGGAAUACUGAUGCUUCUAUAAGUAGCUUGGGAUCUAAAGCUAUUAUGCCUGGCAUUCUUGUUCAACAGGUACAGCGUGAAUGUGCCUAGAUU